GGAGUGGAAGGGACAGGGAAGCCGCAGCUGCGCGGAGGUAGAUCUACCCUUCUCGGUGCCAGACCGGCUGUGUGCCAUGCUAAAAGGAAUGCGCAGCCGCAACCUCAGAAUGUGGUUCCUCCAAUCAUCAUGGGUUCUUCUAGCUCCUCUGCUCACCCCUCCUGUUCCUGUGAUCACAGCCCCACCUUGUUCGCUCUGUCCAGAAGGAGCACACAGGUUCCAGUGGAUCAGGAAUCUGGUUCCAGAGUUUGGAAUCUCCAGCUCGCAUGUCAAAGUGCUUUCAUCCCCAGCUGAAUUCUAUGAACUCUUGAAGGUGCAGAUAAAAACAGCCAAGCAGCGAGUGGUGAUGGCUUCACUAUAUCUGGGAACGGGGCUGCUUGAGCAGGAGCUGGUGGAUUGCUUAGAAGAAACACUGGAGAAAUCACUGCAUGGAAAAGGAUCAUCUAACCUCAGAGUUUCCAUUCUUCUUGACUACACCAGGGGAUCUCGGGGUAGAAAGAAUUCUCGAACAAUGCUACUUCCAUUGCUGCAGCAAUUUCCCGAGCAAGUCCGUGUGUCCCUCUUCCACACCCCAAACCUGCGUGGACUUCUCAGGCUCCUGAUUCCAGAGCGUUUUAAUGAGACCAUUGGACUGCAGCACAUCAAGGUCUAUCUCUUUGAUGAUAAUGUGAUCCUGAGCGGCGCAAACCUGAGUGAUUUGUACUUCACCAAUCGUCAGGACCGCUAUGUUCUCCUGCAGGACUCUCCUGAGAUUGCAGACUUCUUCACGGAGCUAGUGGAUGCGAUUGGAGAUGUGUCUCUGCAAUUGCAGCGAGAUGAUACAGUCGAGAUGAUGGAGGGGAUGAUACACCCGUACCAAGGAGACAAGAUGGCUUACUGUGAAAUAGCAAAUCGAAGAGUCAUGGAAGUGAUCAACUCUGCCAGGACGCGACAAGAACUCCUUCACUCAAAGGCCUUCCACAGCAGCCAGCAAGGCAGCUCCUUGUUAUCCCAGCAAGGCUCUCCAGCAUCUGGGGGUCUGAAACCAGAACCUGACACCUGGAUCUAUCCCUUAAUCCAAAUGAAACCUUUUGGGAUUCAAAUAGAUGAGAUGGUCACAGAGACGCUGCUGACAGAGGCUGAACGGGAUGCCAGGAUAUACCUUACCACUGGCUACUUCAACCUGACACAAGCUUACAUGGACCUCAUUCUGGGCACUAGGGCUGAGUAUCGGAUUCUUCUGGCCUCACCAGAGGUGAAUGGUUUUUUUGGUGCCAAAGGGGUGGCAGGUGCCAUCCCUGCUGCCUAUGUUUACAUUGAACACCAAUUUUACAGUGAGGUCUGCUACCUUCACCAACAGGAGAGGGUCCAGCUGCAGGAGUACUCUAGGGCUGGGUGGACUUUCCACGCCAAAGGCCUCUGGCUGUACCUGGCAGGAAGCGAUCUUCCCUGUCUAACUCUGAUUGGCUCGCCUAAUUUUGGAUAUCGAUCAGUUCAUCGUGACUUGGAAGCUCAGAUUGCGAUAGUGACAGAAAAUAAAGCUUUGCAGCAGCAACUCCAUCAGGAGCAGGAGCAGCUUUACCUCUGCUCAGGUGUAGUCUCAUCGUCAACAUUUGAGCAGCCAAAUCGUUAUGUGAAACUGUGGGUGAAGCUGGUAACACCACUGAUCAAGAAUUUCUUUUGAAAGAAGAAAAGUUGCUGCUUUGGGUUAAAGGUCCAGACGUAGGUGGGACCUCGCAUCCAUGUCUUAUAGACAGGACAUUCAUAUACGUUCUUGGUGUCCAUGUGGUCCGCAGGGAUGGCUCUGAUGAAGAUGACUGGCAUCAGGAACGUCAACUCCUUCAGUCGAGCGUCUGCGAUCACACCAGAAGGGAUGUCCCAUCGAGAGCCUGCAAUAUUAUGAAGUUGUCAGGGUACCAGCUGCCCAGUGGCUUUUUCACUUAGAGAGGGCUGGUUUUGUAACUACUAAUGGGUGGGAAGGAGUUGUUCUAGCAGCACAGUGGAGGAUGGAGUGUGAAGGUUGGGUAGCCGUGGCUUAGUAGUCGUUAGGGCUAACAUGUUAUCAUCUCACUGUGACUCAUGAAUGCAUUUUGCCUUACUGCAUGUGGGAUGUCUAAAUAAAUUCUGUCCCCAGUCAUCCCUUCCG